CUUUCUCCUUCUCUCUUCGAUCACUAAAAAGCAAAUAUUCUAGCUAGCUACUCCCUUGGCUAAGAUUCAUUCCAAGCUAAAAAUGGGUUCCAAGAGCAUCAAACUCUUAGCCUUUUUGUUCCUCCUAAACCUUAUCUUCCUCACCCUAGUCAGCGCAUGUGAUGAAUGUCCAAAGCCAAAGCCAAAGAAGCCUAAAUGUCCUCCAACUCCUCCCAAAACUAAACCCCCUCCCAAACCUAAAUCCCCUAAGUCACCUCCUAAACCUAAAUCCCCAAAAAGCCCUCCUCCUCCUCCUGCAGUUGAAUCUCCUAAAGCAACUUGCCCAACUGGCCUACAACUUAAAGCAUGUGUUGGUUUACUUAAUAUAAUUGGGAUCAACCUUGGGGGGUCUUCUGAAAAAUGCUGCCCCCUUAUUGCUGGCCUAGCUGACCUUGAAGCUGCUGCUUGCCUUUGCACCGCCGUCAAGGUUGAAAUUCCCGGAAUUAUCAACUUAACAGUUCCAGUUAACAUUAAUGCCAUCCUUACUCAAUGCCAGAAGACUUGCCCGAAGAAUUUCCAGUGUUUCUACUAAAACUAUCUUCAAUUAAAGUUUUCCUUUCCUUGAAGCAACUUGCUUCUUGUUUUGCGUUUCCCGAAUUUUUUCCCUCCACAUUUAUUGUUCUGCGUUUUCCUCUUCCAUCAUCUUUUUUUUUUU